AUGGCUCGUGGACCUAAGCGCCAUUUGAAGCGUCUGGCAGCACCAAAACAUUGGAUGCUUGACAAGCUUGGAGGAGUAUUUGCUCCAAGACCACGAUGUGGGCCGCAUAAAUUACGAGAGUCGCUCCCCUUAAUAUUGUUUUUACGUAAUCGUUUGAAGUAUGCGUUAACGUAUAACGAAGCGCGAAUGAUUUGUAAGCAAAGAUUAAUCAAAGUUGAUGGAAAGGUGCGAACAGACAUGCGGUUUCCAGCCGGAUUUAUGGAUGUAAUUAGGAUUGAUAAGACAAACGAAACAUUCCGAUUGCUGUAUGAUGCCAAAGGAAGAUAUGCUACACAUCGUAUCACAGAACAAGAGGGUAAUUUCAAACUUUGCAAAAUAGUUAAAAAGUCUGUUGGUCCGAAGGGAGUACCUUUCAUUGUCACUCACGAUGCACGCACUAUUCGUUACCCUGAUCCUCAUGUGAAAGUAAAUGACACGAUAGUGAUUGACAUUUCAAUUGGAAAAAUGACUGAUUACAUCAAAUUCGAACAAGGUAAUUUAUGCAUGGUGACUGGAGGACGUAAUAUGGGUCGUGUUGGUGUUGUCGGGCAUCGUGAGAAACAUCCGGGUUCAUUUGACAUUGUGCAUGUUAAAGACGCUGCAGGCCAUUCAUUUGCCACCCGGCUGAAUAAUGUCUUUAUAAUUGGGAAAGGAACAAAAGCUCUGGUAAGUUUGCCAGGACCAACAAAAGGUGUCCGCUUGACGAUUGCUGAAGAACGAGAUCGUCGACUUGCCCAGAAAAAAGCUGCUUGA